AUGAAAGCUCGUAAUUGGUUUACAAGAACGGUGAAACUAGAACCAGAUCUUGGCGAUGCAUGGGCUUACUUUUACAAAUUUGAAUUACAACACGGGACGGAAGAUCAACAGAAAGAAGUAUACCGACGUUGUGUUACUGCCGAACCUCAUCAUGGUGAAGUAUGGUGCCAAAUCAGUAAAGAUCCUAAAAACUGGCGAUUAAAAACAAAAGAUUUAUUAAAAAUCGCAGCAGAAACAAUUGUUUUACCAAAUUGA